AACACGGAAACUGUGCACGCCUAAUCACUGACUGAAACGAAAGCUGUAAUCUGAUCAAUAUGCUCAAUAAUAUAGACCUGCAGUCAGAGCAUGUUUUUAUAAUGUUGUCACUUCACAUGAGAAUUUUUUCCUCUGCGUAAUUUCCAGGCUCCCUUUUUCCCCGCGUAACUUCAUAGUCGGCCAACCAUUAUUUUCCGUCUUCUUCCCAGACUUUUUUCCUUUUUCUUUCUUUUUUUUCAUGUAGGCUAAUAUACAGCCAGGCCGGCGCUGCAAUUUCGGAAUCUGCCCUUGUAUAUGGCGGACGAAAUUUCCACAGGAGGAACCGCAACACAAACACCCCGCGCGAGGCACAAACGGAGAGCUCGCCACGGACUGAAGAAGCAGUUGUGCAGUCACCUCUGGUCGGGGAGGGAAGAUUUCUGGAGCGGGGAGCCUGUUUCGCAUGAGCUGCAUCGUUUUUGGAGAAGCACGGGCUCAGAGGAGGUGGAGUCAUGAGCGCACAAGAGGCACCCAAUCCUGGGAAGGAGCAGGCAGACGGCGGGAGUGCGGCCACAGAUGGCCCCUCACCAACCUUAGCCCCAAAGACCAAGAGCACAUCUCCACCACCUGUUACAGUGAAGAAGGAGCCCGGGACCUCAGAGACGAGUAACGGGAAAGUGGGUGAUGCCAACCCCGCUGAGAUCUGUGUUGUCAUUGGAGGAGCUGACGGCGGAGCAAGCGGAGGUGGAUCCCGUAGAGCUCAGACCGAGGGUAUGUUUGCCCUUGGUACUCCUCCUCCAACGAAGAGCACAGACUCAUGCAUAGGUUCCUAUGUAUGUGGGGUGUGUGGGAAGAAGUACAAGUAUUAUAACUGCUUUCAGACACACGUCAGGGCACACAGAGAAUCAGAUAGCAUGGUUGCGGAUGGUCUCCCCCAGACAGCCAACAUCUUGUCUCCUCACUGUAGGCGCCUUCCCAUAGGUGACAUCCUAAUACCAGAUAGCUUCCGUUACUCCUGUGACAUCUGUGGCAAGAAGUAUAAAUACUACAGCUGCUUCCAGGAGCACCGUGACCUGCAUGCAGUUGAUGAUCCAUAUGAACAGGUAGUGUUACCUGUGGAUGGCCUUAAAGAGGAGGAGCCAGUUGAACCCUACCAGAAAAUCGGACCAAGGGAAAAAGCACUCGCCCACCUCCGCAGAGACCGCGGGUUCAACCGACGGCAGCGGGUGUCCCUUCAAACACAAUUGGCAGUGUUCGCAGAAACUGGGAGCUAUGUUUGUGAGUUCUGUGGGAAGCAGUACAAGUAUUUCAACCCCUAUCAGGAGCAUGUUGCUCUUCACACACCAAUGGGCUCCUUUGAUUUGAAGACAUCACGGGUACAGGAAUGUGGUAGCAUGGAUAUGAGUAAAUUUGGCCACAGCCAAGCUGGUAAGAUAAAAAACAGUCCAUUCAGGCGGAAACUGGAAAGUGCAAUUCAGUCUAGUCUGGUUGACACAAACAGCUCGCAGAAUUCGAGCGGAACUCCGAGCCCUCUGGUGGCCAGCACCUUCUCUGCAACCCAGAAACCCUACACUUGUGGUGCCUGUGGCAUCCAGUUCCAGUUCUACAACAACCUGCUGGAGCACAUGCAGUCCCACGCUGCGGACAAUGAGAACCACACCAAAGGGGACUCUCCCAAAACCUCCUCAGCCUCCGGUCCUCAAGAGCCGCUGUGGAGAGGCUCUCAGGCUCAGGCCCAUUCCUCAGUUAAACUACAAAUCCAGCCUCAAAGUAUCUCCCAGAGAAACAACACACUCAGCCAGAAUAAUGGACUACCUGAGAAGGAACGACAGCAGGUGGCUGAGCGCCUCUUACGGGUAAUGUGCUCAGAUCUGAGCAUGCUAAACGUGCUCAACAGCAAGGACUUCCUGAAGUUGGCACAGACCCUAGUGGAUACAGGUGCUCGUCAUGGUGCCUACUCCACCCGUGAUGCUUUUGGCAACAUGAGUGCCUUGGCACUGCGCCAGCUGCCCCGCAUGUACAACCAAGUCAAAGUCAAAGUCACGUGUGCUCUAGGUUCCAAUGCUUCACUCGGCAUCGCUGUCACCUGCCACUCCCAGACAUCAGGUCCAGAUGCUUGCUAUGUUCUAACAGCCUACCAGGUGGAGGGGUCGAGACUGAAGCGCUAUGUGCUCGGCGUGAGGGAGGCUGAGCUGAGGGAGGGGCCUGAGCAGAUUCACCACUGGGUGCAGAAUGUGCUGUCUGAGUUUGUGAUGUCAGACAUUCGCACCGUGUAUGUCUCAGAGCCCAGAGUGUGGGCGGCAGGAUUUGCAGGAUCACCACUUGGCGGCGGUGGCCGGAGCAGGAUAUGCUUGCGAUGCGCGGGGUGUUCUCUCGGUGCAGUCGUCCAGGCUGUUCUCGGGAAGCGGAGCCUCCAGGCUCGAGGUCUUCACGAGUUGGCUGAGCUUCUCUCAACAUGCCGAGAUAUCGCCUCCUCCACCACUCUGUCCCUACGUGAGGAGCCGUGCACCAACACAUCCACAAGCACAACUGAGGAAGGUUCACAGAGCAGCCCCGCACAGUGCCCCACCCCUCCUUGCUGGGAUCGUACGGCUGAAGCUCUUCUGCAGGUCCAUGCACACUUUGAACAAAUUUGUGAGGCUUUUGGACGCAGCAAGGCCACAGCUCCACUCCUCCAAGGUCUCAACAAGCAUCUGCUGGGCACGCUGGCUUGUCUGCUGGCACCUCUGCGUCUGGCAGCUCUGGAGUUGAGCAGUCAGAGGAGACCAACGUUGCAGCAGGUGCUGCCGGUCUACCUACGCUUGGAGAAGUUUUUCACAUCCAAAGCUGGAGAGGCUGGAACUGGCACGGCUAGCAAACUCUGCCACUACUUCCUAGAAGCACUGAAGGAGAACUUCAAGGUUGAACGAGCCCACCAGGUAGCCAUGGUCCUGGAUCCACAACUCAAGCUGCGUUCAGUGCCAGCCUACCAGCAUGAAGACAUAAUCUCCCGUGCAUGCGAAAUGGCUGCUGAAACCAGGGAUGGAGGUAUGACUGGUGGUGGAGGCUCAGGUGGUGAAGAGCGGGACACUGACGGCCCACCAACUCCAAAAAUAAGCCGUGUAGAGGGUGCGGGAAACAAUGGCGGCACCUCACGGGGGACCUCCUCAUCUUGCUCUGUGUCUGGUAAUGAUGAGAGUCAGAGCCAAGUUAGGCAAGAGAUUUUUCAAUACCUGGCUGAGCCUCUCCUCCAAGGCACACCUGACCUCUUCCAGUACUGGAGCACAGCAGUGAACGAGAAGUUCCCCAAGCUCGCUCGCCUGGCGAUGUGGCUCCUUGCUGUGCCUGCUGUGGGCAUACGCAAUGAGUGUGUGACUGUGUGCGAGCAGAGCCUAGCUAUGAAGAGGAGGCAGCAGGUAACCGCUGAGGAGAUGAACAAACUCAUUUUCCUUCGCUCCAACAUGGGCUAGGAGAGAAACUCAGCCAACCCUAAUCAACCAAACCUUCACCUCCAACCAAUGACUGAAGACUAUUAUUUAUAUACUGUAGGUUUAGACAACUUAAAUGUGUUAAAUACUUCUCCAGACAGAUAUUUACAGGAAACUCACAUUGUAUAGGUUGCAAACACCCAUAAAACAAUACGGCUUAUUACAUAUUUUAUAUGGAGAAAGGACUGUUGUAAAGUACUGUGGACAAAAUGUAGGGGUGGAACGGUAACUCUCAAAAGAUUGUCCCGUUUGGUACGCCACCCUCGGUUUGGGAUGCACAUGUAAGCAGGAUCAGUCUUAUCAUGGCCAGUGAUUUGAAUUACUCCAGCCUAAUGACUGCUCAAGGCUAUAAUGCUGUUAUUCUCACUGGAUGGCAACAUUUUCAGGUAAAGUCAGCUUUCACUGCUUGAAACUACCGUCAUAGACCUCUGAAAACUCACAGCAGUACGUACUGUAGCAUAUACAGUAUAAGAAGGAUGAGUUUCAUUGGUGUAUGACAUAAAAAUUCAAGAGGUGAAUCUCCACUGCCAUUGCACCUCUGACACUUAAGUGUACCAGGUUUAUGAUUUACCGUGUAUCACUGAAGAUUAUAUUUUUCAACAUACUCAGCCACGGGAAACAGUCAGGUAUCACAGCUAAAUCAUUGCAGCUAAUUUGAUGGUCGCUUCUGGUGACCUAAAAAUUUAGCUGUCGAUCAUUUGCAUGCACUGCACUGCAUGCAUUUUUCAUUCAAAGGGUAAAACAGCAGCUGAUAAAACAUUAAUAUGAUGCUUUCCAUUUCUGUUUAUGUUACAAAUUGUAAAGAAAAGUCAUCCAAUGGUUUGUUUUCUUACUAAAAUUAACUCGAGAGGUCUUUUGCUGCUAGAAUUGCAAGUCAAAUUGCUAGAUUUGCAUAGAUGGGCCUAUACCAUGAAGUUUUCUUGGAUAAAAUGAAGCUUUUGGUUGACUUUUCUUAACAUGCACAAAGAGGAUAGCAUCAUAUUAGAAUCUGUUUGUGGUCAGCUCUUACACUGAUUUCAUUCAGCCUUACCACAGCUGGAUUGCACCAACAGGGAAUUAAAUAGCAUAUUGGUUAUAUUAUCUUUUAAUGCUUAAUGGAACAACCCAGCUUGUAUGUCAGUAAACACACAAUAAUGACAUCUAGAGGCCAUUUUGUCUGGCCAGAUGAUAGUUUCCAGAUACUUCAGGAAUCUCUGUCACAUCAGUCAGCUCUGUGGGACGUCAGUACACUUCUUCUUACCGGAGACAUUCUGCCUGUGCAUUGCCCUCAGAUAAACAGCAGUAAUGUUAUUAGCCAUCAGCUUGGUAAGCUUGUAGGCAAGGAUUUAAUUCAUAAUUGCAUAAAUCCUUGUGUGGUUGCCCACUGUGUGUAUGUGUGUGUGUGUGUUUGUUUUGUUUUUUCAAAGCUUAAUUAGAAAAGACUUGUCCAUAGGAAAGUUAUCAUUAUUAUUUUAUUUAUUCUUUUUUGCCUCAUUUAUCAUUUUAAUGUAAACAUUGUCUUCCUUGCGAGCUACACAUUUCCAUUUUUAAAGCAAUAAGCUUUAUCAUAGGGCAUAGUUUCCAACUCUGUCUCCUCAAAAUGACUGUUUUCAUGACGUUCUUACAGUUAAUUAUUAAUGGUAAAUUAUUUUCUUUGUGAAAUCAACUCUCAGGAAUGAGUGCACCCAAGCAGGCACCGCCACUUUUUCCUCACUGUACCGAAAACACACCGAACUGUGACCUCAAUGCCGAGGUAUGUACUGAACCGUGACUUUUGUGAAACGUUCCACCCCAAAUACAGUUAGUGCCAUUUGCAACAAACGAAAAAUGGGUCUCCGAGGGUUUAUUUUUUUUACAGGAUGAAGCAACUUCUGCCAGUACGUUAAAAUCAACACAUGCAUCCUAAUGAAGUCAACUUAUUUAUUUUUUUAUGGAUUCUAGUAUACAUAUAUGCUAGCUAAUACCUCCUAAAAUGACUAGGGCGAAUGGAAGUUAUACUGUACAUUUGUUUGUUGCCUUUGGUACUAAUUAGUCAAGUACUAGUUUGUCAUCUCUGUUUUUGGGCCUUAAGUCUCUUUCAUGCGCCACCUUAAAUGGAUAGUUCGGACUUUUUAAGGAUGGGCUGUAUGAGUUACUUAAAUAUAAUCAGUGUAUUACCAACAGGAGAUGACAGUCAGCAUCCUUCUAGUUUGGAGAAACAAACAGGAGUACUGCCAAGGAAGCAAAGCAAUGUACUGCUGUGGAUGGGGGCAGCAGCAAAAUAUAUUUUAGCCACCUAUAAAAAAAGACCCACCGAAAAAAUCUCUAUCGUCAAUCUGCAUCAUUCAAAGUGUGCACUAUAUUUAGAAUAUUUUUACUGCUUUACUUUGCUAUUAGACCGUUCCUUCCCACUACAUUUUCUCAACUGCAGGACUUCUGUAUUCCUACGCAUAGGCCUAACUAUGCCAAAUUGAAGACGGUCCACAAGACAUUGGCAUUUG